GGGCCAUCGUCCUAGGAUCAGCAUGCACCGGACGCAGAGCCCGACUGGCGGAGGAUCGGAGGCGCCUUUUGAUCUUCGAAUCUCACCAGUCUUGGACCACGGAUCUUGAGGAUGCGGCCGAGAGGUGACCGGUGAAUCGAAACUCUCGCGUGCUGUUCGAUGCAUGGUGUUGGAGAGGAAGAUGCAGCCACCAUUGCCGCCGCCCGAGCACCGGAGAGCCCUCCGGUUCGUGGUCUUCCUGGCCGUCUCCCUCCUGGCCUUCUCCUGCUGGGCUCUCGUCAAUUCCAGGAUCAACGACGCCAUUCCCGACUCCGCCGUCCUGGUGCGCGACGCCGACGACAAGACGGCGCCCGCGCUCACCGGCGACGACCCGGCGGCGGCCGUCCCGGUGGGCGGUGCCGCGACGGCGCGCGCGGCGAAUCUGAGCGAUCCGGUGAUCCGGGUGCCGCCGCUGGUACGAGGUGGAGGAGGGGAAGGGGAGCAACGGAUCAGCGAGAGGUGCGACGCGGACCUCGCGGCGCUCCGGGUGUACGUGUACGACCUGCCGGCGGAGUUCCACUUCGGCAUGCUGGGGUGGGACGGCGGCAAGGGGAGGUUGGCGGCGGCGUGGCCCGACGUCGGUGACGCCCGCGCCGCGCCGCACUACCCCGGCGGGCUCAACCUGCAGCACAGCGUGGCGUACUGGCUCUUGCUGGACAUCCUGUCCUCCUCCACCCCGCCGCCCGGCAGGCCCUGCGUCGCCGUCAGGGUGGCGAACGCGAGCCUCGCCGACGUCUUCUUCGUGCCCUUCUUCGCGUCGCUGAGCUACAACCGCCACUCGAAGCUCCGGCGCGGGGAGAAGGUGAGCCGGAACCGGGCCCUGCAGGCCGAGCUGGUGAAGUACCUGUCGCGGAAGGAGGAAUGGAGGCGGUGGGGCGGCCGGGACCACCUCAUCGUGCCGCACCACCCCAACAGCAUGAUGGAGGCCCGGAAGCGGCUCAGCGCCGCCAUGUUCGUGCUCUCCGACUUCGGGAGGUACUCGCCGGACGUCGCCAACCUCAAGAAGGACGUCAUCGCGCCGUACAAGCACGUCGUCCGCUCCCUCGCCGACGACGAGUCGCCGGCGUUCGACCAGCGCCCCGUCCUCGCAUAUUUCCAAGGCGCCAUCCACAGGAAAGCUGGCGGCAAGGUUCGGCAGAAGCUGUACCAGCUGCUCAAGGACGAGCGCGACGUGCACUUCACCUACGGCAGCGUCCGGCGGGACGGCAUCCGGCGCGCCACGGCGGGGAUGUCAACGUCCAAGUUCUGCCUCAACAUCGCCGGCGACACGCCGUCGUCGAACCGGCUCUUCGACGCCAUCGCGAGCCACUGCGUCCCGGUCAUCGUCAGCGACGACAUCGAGCUGCCGUUCGAGGACGUGCUGGACUACUCGGAGUUCUGCGUGUUCGUGCGCGCCGCCGACGCCGCCAGGAAGGGGUUCCUGCUGCGCCUGCUCCGGGGCAUCUCCCGCGAAGAGUGGACCAGGAUGUGGGGGAGGCUCAAGGAGGUGGCGCGGCACUUCGAGUACCAGUACCCGUCGCGGCCGGGCGACGCCGUGCAGAUGAUCUGGGGCGCGGUGGCGAGGAAGAUGCACUCCGUGAAGCUGCAGCUGCACAAGCGCGGGAGGUAUCAGAGAACGGGUUCGGAAUCAUGAAGUUCUUAACGUGAAUGGAGAUGGUUCCGAGCUGGAUUGCAGACUGAACCUGAAGCAGCAAGUUGCAACAACUGGUUAGAAGGUAAAUUUCGGGUGAAUAAUUGUCAAUUUUGUGAUUUCUAUUAGCGAGAAAGAAACACUACUACUAGUGGCUUGAGAUUUUGGGAGCAUAUGCUGUGAGUUUAACAGAAGACACCAAAUACGCUUCGUAAAUAGAUGUGGUAAUACAAUUGAAAAAGCAACAUUUCUUUUUGUCGACUGCUGCUCGGGUUGACUGAAUUGCAGCAGCCGAUUAAGAAGAAAUGGUGCUUUUGCAAAUUACUUGACUGAACAGGAACAUAUGUAGCAGGAUUUGAAGAUGUUCUUGUUCAGUUGAAUUGUACAAAGACAGUAGUG